GUUCAGUGGGGGGGAAUAUGGCUAGGCCACACCUGCAACAGCCUCAGCUGUUUUCUCUCCCUCUUCUGCUCUAUCGGCUCAGUCUCCGUUGCUCCGGCGAUUCAUUCAUACACGCUUAUCACCAUCUCCUUGGUCCCCGGCUAGCCUCUCUUCCAGUGCUUUUCUUUCAAGUUUUAUUUAUGGCCGUGAGAAUUCAUCAUUUCGGAAAUGAUCGUUCACGUUUACAAUCCCGAACGCAUACUUAACACCAAUUCCUCAUCGUACAAAAGCGUCAGUAAACAGCCCAGCAAUGUCAGUAAUAAUAAAGCGACGUUAAACGGUGUGAAGAGUCAAGAGCAAAACGUGAUCCGACCACCUCCAAGUCCCAAACUUCUGCGUCAAUCGGUUUUUAAAGGGUUCAACUCCAAAGUGCCUGAGAGUCGUGAACCCCCGCCGCCGCCGGAUUCUUCAUGUGUGCCUGCCAAAAAGUUGAAUAAGUUGCGUGAAGCCAUGGAUUCUGAUGCGGACGGCCUGCUGACACCUUGGGCCUCUCGCGGCCUUCCAGCGACACCCUCUCACACGCAGAUGGCGUGCACUUGUCACUGCAGCGGCAAUAGUGCAGAACCCGUUUCGCUUUCGCCACUGAGCCAGGUCAGUGGUAGUAGUGGUAGAGCCGAGCUUCAUCAGCACCAGCAGCAGCAACAACAACUACUACGGGAGUUGUCGACCACAUCCAGCCAUUAUUUUACGCCAGUUUCCAGCUUCAGCACUACCACUAACUCCCAAAACGACGACAGCAAGGAGCCCGACUCGCUCGAGUACAGACCAGUUAGGGAUUCACCUCCAAUCCGCAAGGCCAGUUUGGAUCGAAUCCUGUCGCCUCAAGUCAGCAGACGAUCGCCACCAUACACGUCGAGCCCUGCACAGACGGGCAAUUUGUCGCUGCCCCUCCGCGACAAAUCGCUUUCUCCAGUGGUCGCUCUGCCCCUGAGUACCAGCAUGAGCAACGCUAGCAUUCAAAGUGCUCAUUCUACCUAUUCGGAUGAUUCGCUGAUCGGGAACCAGCACCAGAGGUUCAGCAAUCAUCAGAAUUGUCAGCAGUGCAUCGCCGGAGAGUUCGCCGGUGCGACACCUACCGCCCAGCGCUGGAACAACAUCAACUACGACAGCCACAAUUCCGGUCAUUGGAUUCCGGAAACCGGAUCGUGCAUGGCGGUAGAGAAACGCCCAAUCGCCGUUCAAUCCUCUCCAGUAGUUCAGCAGUCGUCGUCUGCUCUGCUGGAUUUCAGUAAAGACUCGCUCAACUCGCCCGGCGUGACUCCACAACAAUCGGCCCCACCACGACAGGUACAACUGCAUCAACAACAACAGCACGCGGCCGUGGCCCAAGAAGUGGUUGAAGAGGAAGAAGAAAGCAGCAGCAGCUGCACGGAGACUGUCAAGUUGGAACCGUUGGCGUUCACCAUCGAUUUUGGCGACGUUACGCCCGGCAAGAAGAAAGAAGCGCCCCCGAAACGAUUCGCCGAACGUCUGGCCGCAGCGUCCAGUGGCGGAGGGCUCGGCAAACGCGCAUCGCCGUCCGGCAAAGCGGAAGUUAAGAAGAGUGAAAGUGGCACCGCAACAGAGCCGUCCGAGACCAAGAUGCUCAAGUCCUUGAGCAACCGGCUGGGUGGUCAGCUCAGUCCUUUGUCGAAAUUUAAUACCAGCCCUGAGAUCGAGACCGUCGAGACUCCGAGACGCUCCGCGGCGGUUACCAAGAGUGGUAAAAUUACGAAUCCCAAUCGUAACUCAUCGGUCGGUAGGACUAGCGAAGUCUCGGCCGCCAAAUCCAACGGAUUGAGAAAGAAACCGCCGCAAGAGCCGCUGGCUCGACGCUCUCCGUCACCCACUCCGCCACCGUCGCCCGUCAAAAGCAUCAACCGGCCCGCAUACAACAACGGGUCGACCAGAGCGACUUCACAUCCUACGGGCCGCGAGUUGAAGCCACAACAGUCGAUCGAGUCGGAUGAGGGCGGAUAUGAGUAUCAUCAUCAGGAAGUGAUGAUGGGUGGCACUGGGCGUACUGGGAGUGGCCGCCAUCCGGAAGUCGCCAAUGACAGUGAAACGGCCGCGGAGACGGUGGAGGAAGAGGAGGAUCGCUGUGAUGAUGCGGCCAGUGAGACGGGCACGUACACGAUCGGAAAGGACAGUCCGUCGCCAGACGAGGAUCAAUCGAGACGCGACAUUGAUCGCGUUUUCGGUCUCUUGCCCCCUGGGGCUCUAUCCUCUCAGUCGGAUUCUUUGGCGACCAUCACGGCAGCCGGCCAAAUCGAUUCCAUUGAAAACAACAACCGAUCGACUCCGCAGUGGAUCCGCGAGUGGGCAGCACAAGUUGCACAACAGCAAGAGGCUCCUUUAGCUCACCUCAACAUCCCGGCCGCUCCGGCCAACUUGGCCAAACCUCCGUCGCAUCCCCGUCCACCUCCGCCUGAGCUUCCGACGGCACAACGUCCCCGGCGUCGUCUGCCGAGUGUUCCGCCCGGUGCUAGCAACGGUAGCUCUCGCUCCCGCUCCUCUCCCCGUCCCAGUGACAUGUCCGAUCCAAGUGACAGCAGUUUGGAAACCGAGUCUUUCUUACGUGAUACGGAAUCAGUCGUUUCCGCUAUGCAGGCUCGAGUCGACGGCCGGAGUAGUACAGAAUCCGAUGCUGAAACUCGAAGUAGCAGCAGCUAUCGCCAGUCCGUCCAUUCUUCCGCCGCCCCUGCUGAACUAGAAAACAGUCGCAAACUGAGCGCACAAUUGCGAGCCAAGAUCCGCAGCCUGGACGAGCAAUACCCAGUAACGUCUACACCUGCGGCGCCUUUAGCCCCUACCCGCAAAACUACUUACGUCAUGACUGCCAAUAAUAGCACCACUAACGCCAUGAACACUUCCACUACCACCACAACCGCCACCAAUAUAAUCCACAACGAACUGCAUGGCGAUGACGCCAAGAGCCUUCAUUCAGAUAGCAGCCUCAGUGAUUUCACUUCGGGAGAGACUAGCUCUCGUUCAAGACACGCUCACGAGGAUCACAAGACACCGAACAAUGCGCCAGCCGUACGGUACAACCGAGCCCUCAGUUUACGCAGAGGUAGACUCGGUCUGGACGUCGAGCAAGGCUCAUCUGCCUCGGUGUCUGCGGUUGGAUCCUCCUCGGCUCCCAACAAGGAACAUCGCCGACUUAAUGAUUCACCUUCGCGUGGUUCUAGCCCUCAAGUUCCGGCUGCUGCAACUGCCCCACUGGCCAGGAAGUUGUCGUCGAUUUCGACCAACAGUCAAAUGUCGGCGACGUCUACCCACAGUGCCAGAGCUACUCCGCCAAAUUCCAAUUCGUUUUCCCGCAACGACGGUGGCCGAUUCAGCCUGCGUCUUGGAAGCAAAACGGAAAAGAUGGCGACACCUGGGCCAUCGAGUUACAAGCCAGUCAAAGUCAGUAAGAGUCAGAGCGGCCACAUGCCCUCUCCAUCGCAGCAAGUGAUUGCAUCUCCUCCGCAACCGCCUCAUGUUACCGGUGCUCGCAAGAGCCGAAGCAACUCGACCUUAUCAUCCAAAGAAGCCGAAUUCCAGAACUGGAAACGCCGAAAGAACUACGAUCCCAUGAAAGCUGCAGCUGAAGGCAAGAAGAAGGAAGCUGCUAGACGGGCCCAGACUACGACGCUGACCAUGAGCCAGAGCAUGAUUGGUACCGUGACAAGCAUGGCUAGCAGCCCGUCGUCACAAAGUCCCAGCCCACCGCCCCGAACAAUCAUCCGUUCCGCUUCCUUCACUUGCGUGAACAAUUCAAAAGCUCGUUCCGCAGGAAUGGAUACCGCUGGGCAGCAAUCGAAGUAUAACAAUAACAGUAGGAGGACGUCGCAUCACAAGCCCUCGUCGAUGCACAACUCCGCCCUACUUUACAGCUCGGACGACGAGAACGAAAUGCUUUACAGUCCACCAAAGAAGGCAAGCCCCAAACCCAGUCCGAUGACCACCCGCAAGUAUAUGGGUCUCAACCUGAUGCAAACAAGUUCGCACAAUUCUCCACCCAGUUUGCCUGCCGAUUUCAGCGACUUGGCCAGCGUCAUGAGCAAUGACGUAGACUUAACCUCCAGUCCCGGAUCCCCCCGAAGAAAGUUGUACAUGGAAGACGGACUAUUGAUGCGCACUUCGGCCUCCAAUUCGUCUUUACGAGCACGCACAAAACUAGAAGCACUGGACAACUUGGUCAUUUCUACAAUCUACGGGAUGUCAGCAAAAAUACGCUCAAACGCCGAGAGCCUAAUGAGGAAAUUAAGGCCACAAUAUGUGGACGAUUUGGAACGAUUGGGCCUGAUUGACGAUGCCCUUAACCGCCUGUCUGACUGCGCCUCGGAAUCGCCCAUUCACUCGAUGACAGCAGGGAGGUCAAGCUCUAGGGAGUUGUCUGGCACGCUCAAGGUUAUGAAACGCGUCGAACAGGUCUUUCAAGCGCUGGACCAGGUCUUGUUUGAAGACGUUUUAGAUGGCGGCGGAGAAGAAGGCGCUAUUCUAAACGAUGGUACAACCACUGAGGGAGACGACUGGAAUGGCUACACUAGUGGGGAUUUUUAUUGAAUAUCUGUUUAUACGCUUUCACGAUUUCAAGUCUAUUUCUACUGACGUUUAAUUGCUUGAAGCUGACGUAUACAUUAUUUCGAUUAUGACAGGAUUUACUUUACCCUGUUUAACCCCCGCCUCCCACUUUUUGUUUCUCUGGCGUAGGACAAUUUAUUACUGCUCACUUAAAUGUUUUGUUCUAUUUCUACUUCUCCUUUUGAGUGUCUUUUUCGGAAAGAAUUGCCUGCGCAAAUAAGUCUGUUAUAUUCGUUAUACAAUGAAAUUGGGUGAUAGGCCAUAAAAAUGUUGACACGAUGGAUUGUUGGCUUCUUCUUCCUUAAAAUUCAACUGUACAGUUUUUUUCUUAUUAUUAUUUACUUUUUAUACAUUGGCAAGAAAGUACUUCUUUCCUAUCCGUAUCUGAUAAAAACAAGAAUGAGUUAUCGACUAAUGUCUAGAUUGGAAUAUUAAUUAUACAAAUUACUGCCGCUU